AUGGGCCUCCUAAUCCGAUCCGCACUACACCCCCACCUUACCCGCGCUGCAUCCGCCCUGGAAAGGCUUCUCCGCUUCCCCACGCUACCCUUCCCCUCACUCAGGCGGGUCUGGGGGCCACAACAGUUCCGGAGCUCUGGGCUGAAGAGAGCAGCAGAUGCAGGGGCAGCAGCAGCAGUAGCAGCAGCAGCGGCGGCAGCAGCAGCAGCGCCCGCAGUGCAAGCAGCUGGUGCGGAGACUGUAUCUCACAAUGCGGCAGCGGAGGAGGGGGUGGGGGAAUCACGGGUUGCAGCAGCGCGGACAGUGCAAGCAGCUAGUUUCGUAGCCCACGCUGCGGCAGCGGCAGCGGAGGGUGUGGGAACAAGACCGGGAGCAGCCGAAUUCGCUGUUGCUGCGACCGACCCCUCCCCUCUCAAGUCCUUCUCCCACUGGCCGCUCUCCAGUGCCCACCCGCUCCUCACAGCCGGCUCAACCCGUCGCAACCGCUCCUCCCUCUCCCUCACCACGCUCUCCGACCUCAACGCUGCCGCCCUGGCGCUGCACCCCACCCCCUUCGCCCUGCUCGCCCCCGCCACGCCCUCCUCCCCCUGCCGCCCCUUCUCCUUCUCCACCUCCUUCACCUUCCGCAUCUCCUCCCCCAAUGCCGCCGGGCUGGGCGGCGAGGGCUUGGCGUUUGUGAUGCUGCCGACGCCCACUCUUGGCUUGCCGGGGCCCUCCCUGGGGUACGGCCGACUGCUGCUGCCCCCGGGGAGCACGACUGGUGCUGAUGACUCACAGGUACGCGCAUCUCAUCAGCACCAGCAGUGUUCCAUUUCAGGUACGUGUCAUCUCAGGUACGUGUCAUAUCCGCUACAGCAGCAGCGGAGCCUGGCAGUGGAGUUUGACACGGCCUCUUCUCCCGAGUUUUGGGACCGCCCCGACCACCACGUGGGGGUGAACCUGCACGGCAGCAUGCUCUCUCUCGCCUCUGCCCCCGUGCACCCCCUCGGCAUUCCCGCCCUCAACGCCGGUCAGACCCUCCUCGCCACCAUCCACUACAACGCCUCCUCCUCCCUCCUCACCUGGCUGGGGGGGAACGACCCGGAGGCGGCAGCGCCCCCCCCGCCGCUGUUUGUGGGAUUCACAGCGGCCACGGGCAAGGGGGCGGAGCAGGCUCAGGCACAUGAGGUGCUGGGGUGGACGUUCCAAGUGGGGGAGGCGGAGGAUCCGCUUCUGUUUUGGGCGGCAGACUCGUUCUCCUUCCCCUACAUCACGCCAGCCACUCCCCUGCUGACACAUGGCAGCACACGGAAGCGUUUCUUCGCUGCCGACCUCUCCGUCGCUGCUGACGCGCGGUCCCCAUGGGACGCCUCUGUCCUGCUGCCCUCCUGCAAGUGCGCCUUGAAGCUCCCCUCCUUCGAGCCCACUCACCUCACUGGCCUGCCCUCCUGCUUCCCUGGUGAGACAUGGAGUGCAAGAGGUGAGGUGUGGAGUGCGUGUGGUAGGCAAAUGGUGGAGUGCGGUAGGCAAGUGGCCCUCACGUCCCCCACUCACCUCACUGGCCUGCCCUCCUGCUUCCCUGAGGCCUACUCGUGUCGUCAGCUCUCCAGCAACCCAUGCGCCCCGGGGUGUGCAUCGACAGUAGGCCUACACGUGUCGCCAGCUCUACAGCAACCCAUGCGCCCCAGGAGUGUGUAUAGAUGUUCAAGCGGGUGGCACUCGAAUGCCAACCUUCCUGUCCCAGGCGACACCUGUGACUCCAUCAACGCGCUCUUCAACACGCAGAUAGAGCCGCUCAACCCCGCGCUCAGCUGCUCCGAUGGGCCGAGGCACGGGCAGUUACUCUGCGUGGCGUUUGACCAAGAGUGGUACGACCAAGGAAACACUAACGUAAAGUGCAACCACUACGCACGCAUCACUCCAGCCACACCCUCCAGCAGCCUGCAGCAGACAGCCCCAUACACAGUCGAGAGCGUGCUCAUAAGCGAGCUUGAGAGCCCACAGACCUGCCAGGGGCUGUGGCAGGCCUUCAGCCUCGCCUCUCCCACGCGCUUCUUCCAGCUCAACCCCGGCCUUCCGUGCGACUCGCUGCUGCCUGACAGCCCGCUUCAAGGGAACUUUGUGACUGAGUCGACUCAAGUCACCCCUCCCACGCGCUUCUUUCAGCUGAACCCCGCCUUUCCGUGCGACUCGCUGCUGCCCGACAGCCCGCUGCAGGGCAACACUGUGACUCAGGUGGGUGGGAAGCUGUUACCAGGUGGGUGGGAGUGA